AUGAUCGGCGGGCAUAUGAGCCUUGGUCCUUUCUUUCGUAGCGCAUCAUCUUCCAUGACAACGUCGUCGUCCUGCGCAUCAUACCGCGCUUCUUCGUCAAUGUUGGGCACAUGCGCGAAUUUUUCGCGCGUCCAUAUUCUUUUAGGUUCGUCUUUCCUUUCUUCUCUUUCUACUAACUCUGGACGUACUACAGGCUUCAAAGGUUCUGCUAUCUUGAAUUCACGGCCUUCGGGCACCGUUGGCUUGGGCGGAAGCAUAGGAUUGGGUUGUCUCGGUGUCGGAAGUUCAUUGGAAGUUUUCGGAAGCUGUGAUCUUGAUGCUGACACCAUCAAACACUUCGGACUUUUUGCGUGCGCCCUCUUUCUGGGUUCUGUAUACCGGCAACUUUCCGACUCGUCAGAUUCACUUGUGGAGUCUUCCGAUUCAGGUUCCAUCCAUCUUACAAAGGGUAUUUCUCCUGGCAACAUAAACCUUCCGCUUCUUCCUCUUACUAACUUGCCCUUGAAUGGUUUGUCAGGGUAG